UUGGAAUGUUGAAAGUGUCUCCACAACUCAGUCGAGCACGAAGUCACAAGUCAACAUUAAACGAUAAUUUAUCAUUGAUAAAGCACGCUCUAGUAUAUUAAUCCCAGGAUAAGGAAAAUGGGAUUUCCACUGUUUUUUCUGCUUAUAAUAUCUGCACACAGAUGCAUUGGAUACUCUUGUCCAAAUGAGCUUAAUAGACUUCCAGAUAACAGUGAUAUUGUAGUAACCUGCGGGCCGACAGAUAUUAUGCUAUCAAUAAACGCCUGCCCAGUGUGGUUUUCUGGCUUUGAGCCACUUGAGUUGGCUCUCAAUGGAAAGCAUAAUCUGUCUCAAUGUCUGGGCACCUUCGAUAACUCUACUGAAAAUCCAGUCAUGAGAUUCUCCCUUCCUGUUGAUGACACCAAUGGAAAUCCAUGUGGCAACCUAAUCGAGAUUAUACAGGGAUCUGGGAGUGGUGCCUUCAGUGACUACUCAAACGUCCAAACUGUGGGCAUCUCUGGAUUUGUGGAUUCCCCAUCACUCUCAGAAAAUGGAAUUGUCACAUAUAGUACAAACCUGUACUAUAACUUUUCCUGCUAUUACCCUCUACAAUACAUAUUAAACAAUACUCAGCUUCUAACAUCAUUUGGAGCAGUGGCUGUCAAUUCCAACAAUGGCAGUUUCAUUAGUACUCUGAGUAUGCAGCUAUUCACAGAUCAAGGGUUCUCCAAGGCACUGGUGUUAGAGGGAACAGUUUUGCCUUUAAAGCAAACCGUCUAUGUUCAAGUCGCUAUCAACAAUUCAGCAACAAGUUUCAAUAUUAUUCUGGACCAGUGCUUUGCUACUCCAACUCCUAUUGUCACACAGACAGCUCUUCCAAAUGAGAAGUACAGCUUCUUUACCGGAUGUGAUGUGAACAACAAGACUAAGGUUAUUUCAAAUGGAGAAAGUAUAACUGCAAGGUUUAGCUUUGAAACAUUCCGCUUCCUGCAGUAUAGUCUUCAAAAAACAUCAUCAAUGUACCUACAUUGUAUCACCAGACUGUGCCAGCCUAACGACUGCCUUGCAUUUCUUCAAGGAUGCACUUAUUCUAGAAGGAAAAGAUCAAUGACUUUUGAUGGGAGUACAGAGAAAUCUGUGACUGUUUCUUCAGGACCCAUCUAUACGUCCGAUACAGCAAGUGAUUCUUCCAGCUCAGUAGAAAAUGAAUCACAAAAGCUGUCUGGGACCCUCACUGGACUUAUCGUUGGUCUUGUCCUUGCUGCUAUCAUGGGAACUGCUAUUAUCAUUGGCAGUCUAAAGUUGUAUAACACCUAUCGCAACAAGUCGGCAGCCUAAUACUGUAUAAAACUUAUCAUGCCAAUUUAGAUACAUACAAAGCAUAGCGGCACUUUAAAAGGGCAGUAAAAUCAGCAGAUAUUAGAUACACAGGGGAAAGAUGUAUCAAUGUGUUCUUUUCUAAAAUGUGAUGUAAAAAUGCAAAAGGGGUGGAGUUACCAACAGAAAGUGUUUGGUGGUUCCA